AUGGCGGCCCACGAAGAUCUUGCUGACGAUGCUACAAGUAGUAGUAGACCUACUAAUAAGAAGAAGCGCAACCGGAGUAAGAAUCCUCUUUCGCAUGCUCGUGGAAAACAGCAGAGUCAUGAGAACAUUUGGUUUCGAAGAACGGGGAAAGGAUUCCAUUUGUUUGUGCUGUACUAUGCGGGACAACCGACGUGCACAGUGGCCGAUUUUUCCAAGUCUUGCUCCUCUGGUACUGCUAGUAGUAGUGAGAAUCCCCUGAAAGAUCCUGUGGCCAACAAAGGUCUCUCUCGGGCUUCCAAGCGACGCAAUAAGAAACGCAAGAAACAAGACGCUACUGGUAUUACAGAAGAAACAUCCGCCAAGCAGCAAACUGCUGCAAAAGAAUCAAAGAGUGACAACAAUAAGACCAACGACCAACUAGUUCUGAAUAAUCGUUCGCAUCCAUUGCUGGCGGCCAUGGACCAUCAUAUGGUGAAAGAUCCAACCGUUGGCUUGCUCGAGACCUUUUUGGGUCACAUGUCAACGCCACUCCCCGUCACAUUUCGUAUUCGUCGUCACUUGAGUGACCAGCAACAACAAGCCUUGCGAAACACAAUUCAACAACAAUUUUCCAACGGUGCAGUGACGCCACUAUUAUUAGUAUUGCAACACCAAAAUAAAAACAAGGAGGAAGAACCAUGGCUGACAUUCCAAACUCCACGUUGUGGCAAAGCAGAACUGGGCAAGCGUCAUCCAGAACUCAAACAGUUUCUGGUGGAUGGAUCACAGAAUGGAACCAUUGCGCGGCAAGAGCUGGGAUCCAUGUUACCCGUGUGGGCACUGGAACAUGCCGGUUGCUUUGCUUCGUUGUCGGGCAAGCGUCGUCGCAUUCUCGAUCUCUGCGCCAGUCCAGGAUCCAAGACACUGCAGGCAUACGAAUUGGCAUUAUUGCAGUAUUACAAAGAUGAAAGUAAGAAUAAGAUGCGCAUCUUGGCCAAUGAUGUCUCGGAAAGUCGAUUGGAAACCCUGCGAGAUGCCAUUCAACGAUCCGGGGUUGUACUAGACGACGACGAUGACAAAAGCAAUCAUAAUUUGAUUGGAUACGGGUGUCAAGAUGCCCGACACUUUGCUUCUGUCAACAACAAGAGCAAGCUAUGGGACGUGAUUAUCUGCGAUGUCCCCUGCUCGGGCGAUGGAACGAUUCGAAAGGAUCCGCACAUUGUGCAACUGUGGAAACCCUCCCAAGGACACGUCCUGCAUACGACCCAACUACAAAUCUUACAGCGGGCAUUGCAGUUGGUACGAGUGGGAGGGACGAUAUGUUACAGUACCUGCAGUUUGAAUCCAAUUGAAAAUGAAGCCGUCGUGGCGGCAGCUUUGGAGCAAUAUGCCAAGCAGCAGCAAGAGGACGACAACAAUAAAACACCGGCAGUGGAAAUCCUAUCGUUGUCGCUCCCGGGUUUGGUGUUGCAUCCGGGGAUCUCGACUUGGAGAGUGGCCGAAUACCGUGACGACAAAGUAGAAGAAUCGAACGAUGAUGAUGAUGAGGACGACGACGAAAUUCCCAAGCUUAUUUGGCAUGACACUUAUGAGGAGGCAUCGCGAGCCAAAAUGCCACAUGCGGUACCGUCCAUGUGGCCUCCUUCCGCCAAAAACUCGUUCCAUUUGGAGCGCUGCCAACGACUGUGGCCACAGGAUCAUGACUCGGGUGGUUUCUUCUUGGCAGUCAUUCGAAAGAAUCGUUGA